CGACCGGGUCCCCACCCGCAGCCCGCCUGCCCAGGUGAGUGCGCGGCUCGCGGCCCGCGCCCGCGCCGCAGGUAGCGGGCGGUGGCUUUGUCUCGCUCCCUUGCGCCCUGGUGCGGUCAUGCAUUUGACAUUCUGCCCCUGAAGCGCCGGGCACCGGCGCCGGACGUGCCUGCUGAUUCGGUGAUCCCCGGGAACUGGGACUUGGGGGCUCGCGUGAGCAUCACUCGAGGGAGAGGAGGAGGCUGCGUUUGCUUUCUGUUUGGAAUGUGUGGUGAGCAUCCUCUGCUGGAGCUUGGGGCCUGGAGCAAACCCGGGCUGCAGAUUUAGUCGUAGACGUUUGGGAGGACGUGCAGCUGCAGAGGUCUGGCUCCUUAUGCCUGGUCUUCUCCGUUCGCGGUGCUCAGCCGCCUUUCGUUUAUUAUGAUUAAUUUUAGGAACACCGUCACAGGCACAGUUAUUUCUUUGAGAGUUGGGAGUCUUUGGAGUCAGCACAGAGAGCUCACGAGUAGAGUUAUAAGGGUUCGGUCGAUAAUAAACUUGGAAAAGGACAGAGUCGGUGAUCGUAUGGACAGAGGUGGACAAGAGGCAAACUUCACCGCGGCCUUUAGCCUUUGUGGAUAAGAUUUCUGCUUUGCUCUGCUAGAGUCAUGCAAACUCGGAGUUCUUCUUUGUAGGAAAACCACCUCAGAGAGGCAGACAAGAUGGCUAGCUCAGCCCGAGAGCAUUUGCUUUUUGUGCGGCGUCGAAAUCCACAGAUGCGGUACACACUGAGCCCAGAGAACCUCCAGAGCCUGGCAGCCCAGAACUCAAUGCCCGAGAACAUGGCCCUACAGCGGGCCAACAGUGACACGGAUCUGGUGACUUCUGAGAGCCGCUCCAGCCUGACUGCCAGCAUGUACGAAUACACGCUGGGGCAAGCCCAGAACCUCAUUAUCUUCUGGGAUAUUAAGGAAGAGGUUGACCCCAGCGAUUGGAUAGGACUCUAUCACAUAGAUGAGAAUUCUCCAGCCAACUUCUGGGACUCUAAAAACAGGGGUGUGACUGGAACCCAAAAAGGACAAAUUGUAUGGCGAAUUGAGCCCGGGCCCUACUUCAUGGAACCGGAGAUCAAAAUCUGUUUCAAAUACUACCAUGGUAUUAGUGGAGCCCUGCGAGCCACAACCCCCUGUAUUACUGUGAAGAACCCAGCUGUGAUGAUGGGGGCCGAAGGCAUGGAAGGAGGUGCUUCAGGAAGCCUGCACUCUAGGAAACUCGUCAGCUUCACAUUGUCAGAUCUCAGGGCAGUUGGGCUCAAGAAAGGGAUGUUCUUCAAUCCUGACCCUUAUCUUAAGAUGUCCAUUCAGCCAGGGAAGAAGAGCAGUUUCCCUACCUGUGCCCACCAUGGGCAGGAGAGAAGAUCCACUAUCAUCAGUAACACCACCAAUCCAAUCUGGCACAGAGAGAAAUACUCCUUUUUUGCACUUUUGACUGAUGUCUUAGAAAUUGAAAUCAAAGACAAAUUUGCCAAGAGCCGGCCCAUCAUCAAACGCUUCCUGGGAAAACUAACCAUUCCAGUGCAGAGGCUGCUGGAGCGGCAGGCUGGGGACCAAAUGCUCAGCUACAACCUUGGCAGACGGCUCCCAGCUGACCACGUGAGUGGGUACCUCCAGUUUAAAGUGGAAGUUGCAUCUUCUGCUCACGAAGGUGCUUCUCCAGAGGCUGUCGGCACCAUCCUCGGAGUCCACACUGUGAAUGGAGACCUGGGCAGCCCUUCCGAUGAGGAGGAUAUGCCAGGCAGCCAUCAUGACAGUACUAUCUGUGCUAAUGGGCCAGUGUCCGAGGACAGUGUUGCUGAUGGCACCCCUAAGCAUUCUUUCAGGACUAGCUCUACUCUGGAGAUCGACACGGAGGACUUGAUCUCUACUUCUUCUAGAAAUUCACCCCCCAGGGGCCGCCAGGAUUCACUCAACGAUUACUUAGAUGCUAUUGAACACAAUGGCCCCUCCAGGCCAGGGGCAGCCUCCUCCUCUGAGCGGUCAAUGGGAGCCUCUCCUAAACUGAGGAGUAGUUUUCCCACUGACACAAGACUCAAUGCAAUGCUUCAUAUAGACUCAGAUGAAGAAGACCAUGAGUUUCAGCAAGACUUGGGCUACCCAUCUUCUUUGGAGGAGGAGGGAGGCUUGAUCAUGUGCAGCAGGGCGUCGAGAAUUGAUGAUGGGAGCCUGACAUCUCAGACCAAACCAGAGGAUGACAACCCUGUUGAGAAUGAGGAUGCCUCUGUACAUGAAACUGCGUCCUUAGAAGAGAGGCCAGAGAAUCUUCCAGAGGUUGCAGAUGGCUCCUUGCCAUCAAGUACAGCUCCUGAUGAAAAUGAAGCCAGCCUGGAGCCUCAACCCAGUGCAGACCAGGGUAGCACUGAAUUGUGUAGCUCUCAAGAAGUAGAUCAGCCCACAAGUGGUGCAGAUGCAGGAGCUUCUGACACAUCUGGAGGGAGCCGCAGAGCUGCCAGUGAGACCGAGUCCCUGGACCAGGGAUCUGAACCUUCCCAGGUGUCCUCUGAGACAGAACCCAGUGACCCUGCAAGGACAGAGAGUGUGAGUGAGGCCAGUACCAGACCUGAGGGGGAGAGUGACCCGGAAGGCGCAGACAGCUCAUGCAAUGAGAGCGUGACUACUCAGCUGUCCUCCGUGGAGACACGGUGCUCAUCUCUAGAGAGUGCGCGAUUUCCAGAAACCCCGGCCUUUUCUUCUCAGGAGGAAGAAGAUGGGGCCUGUGCAGCUGAGCCCACCAGCAGUGGCCCCGCAGAGGGGUCGCAGGAGUCUGUCUGCACUCCUAGUUCUUUACCUGCUGUGCAGGUGCCCAGCAGGGAAGAGGAAGGGUCAGGGGCUGAAGCUGCUGCUUUAUCUGAGCAGGGGGAGCUAGGGGAGGUCUGGCAGAGGAGGGGGAGUCUUGAGGGAGCAGCCGCUGCUGCUCCUGCUGCUGCCACUGAUAGCCAGCCCCAGGAAGAUGGGGAUGCUGGGGAUGCCCAAGGUGCCUGCGAAGGGGCCACUGCCCAGGAGGAGGGCGCCACUGGAGGUUCUCAAACCAAUGGCCACCAGCCCUUGAGGUCGCUACCUUCCGUGCGCCAGGACGUCAGCCGGUACCAAAGGGUGGAUGAGGCUCUCCCACCAAACUGGGAGGCACGGAUUGACAGCCACGGCAGGAUCUUCUAUGUGGACCAUGUAAACAGAACCACAACGUGGCAGCGGCCCACAGCUCCCCCUGCCCCACAGGUCCUGCAGCGAUCUAACUCCAUACAGCAAAUGGAGCAGCUAAACCGGCGUUAUCAGAGCAUCCGUAGAACCAUGACCAAUGAGAGGCCUGAGGAAAACACCAGUGCUAUCGAUGGGGCAGGGGAGGAAGCUGACUUUCACCAAGCCAGUGCAGACUUCCGUCGGGAGAACGUCCUGCCUCACUCUACCUCCAGAUCCAGGCUCACGCUGCUGUUACAGUCACCCCCCGUGAAGUUCCUCAUCAGCCCAGAGUUCUUCACCGUGCUGCAUUCUAACCCUAGUGCCUACCGCAUGUUUACAAACAACACGUGUUUGAAGCACAUGAUCACCAAAGUCCGGCGGGACACCCACCACUUUGAGCGCUAUCAGCAUAACAGGGACCUCGUGGGAUUCCUCAACAUGUUUGCUAACAAACAGCUGGAACUACCAAGGGGCUGGGAGAUGAAACAAGAUCAUCAGGGCAAGGCGUUUUUUGUCGACCACAACUCCCGGACCACCACGUUCAUUGAUCCUCGGCUCCCACUUCAGAGCAGUAGGCCCACAAGUGCAUUGGUUCAUCGACAACACCUGACGAGGCAACGCAGCCACAGCGCGGGUGAGGUAGGAGAAGACUCUCGGCAUGCAGGACCACCAGUUCUUCCCAGGCCAUCCAGUACAUUCAAUACGGUCAGUAGGCCACAGUACCAGGACAUGGUUCCAGUGGCCUACAAUGACAAAAUUGUUGCGUUUUUGCGUCAACCCAACAUCCUUGAAAUUCUGCAAGAGCGUCAACCUGAUCUUGCCAGAAACCACUCACUCAGGGAGAAGAUCCAAUUUAUCCGAACGGAAGGGACCCCUGGAUUGGUGCGGCUCUCAAGCGAUGCAGACCUUGUCAUGUUACUGAGCUUGUUUGAGGAAGAGAUAAUGUCAUAUGUGCCUCCUCAUGCCUUACUCCACCCCAGCUACUGUCAGUCCCCGCGUGGCUCCCCUGUAUCAUCUCCCCAGAACUCACCAGGUACUCAGCGUGCCAAUGCCCGGGCUCCAGCCCCUUACAAGAGAGAUUUUGAAGCCAAACUAAGGAACUUUUACAGGAAGUUAGAAACUAAAGGAUACGGACAAGGCCCAGGAAAAUUAAAGUUAAUUAUCCGAAGAGACCACUUGCUGGAAGAUGCUUUCAACCAGAUUAUGGGCUACUCCAGAAAGGACCUGCAGAGGAAUAAACUGUACGUCACCUUUGUCGGGGAGGAAGGGUUGGAUUACAGUGGGCCUUCCAGAGAAUUCUUCUUCCUGGUAUCCCGAGAGCUCUUUAACCCCUAUUAUGGCUUAUUUGAAUAUUCAGCCAAUGACACAUAUACAGUGCAAAUAAGUCCCAUGUCUGCCUUUGUAGACAAUCAUCACGAAUGGUUCAGAUUCAGCGGGAGGAUCCUCGGCCUUGCACUCAUACACCAGUACUUGUUGGACGCCUUCUUCACGCGACCCUUCUAUAAGGCUCUUCUCAGAAUCCUGUGUGACCUGAGUGAUCUGGAAUACCUUGAUGAGGAGUUCCACCAGAGCCUUCAGUGGAUGAAAGACAAUGACAUCCAUGACAUCCUGGACCUCACGUUCACUGUGAAUGAAGAAGUUUUUGGGCAGAUUACUGAACGAGAGUUAAAACCAGGGGGAGCCAAUAUUCCAGUCACAGAGAAGAACAAGAAGGAGUACAUUGAGAGAAUGGUGAAGUGGAGGAUCGAGAGGGGUGUGGUGCAGCAGACAGAGAGCUUAGUUCGUGGUUUCUAUGAGGUAGUAGAUGCCAGGCUAGUAUCUGUCUUUGAUGCAAGAGAACUGGAACUGGUCAUUGCUGGCACAGCUGAGAUAGAUCUCAAUGACUGGAGAAACAACACUGAAUAUAGAGGCGGGUACCAUGACAAUCACAUUGUAAUUCGGUGGUUCUGGGCUGCAGUGGAAAGAUUCAACAAUGAACAACGACUAAGGUUGUUGCAGUUUGUUACAGGCACAUCCAGCAUUCCCUAUGAAGGAUUCGCUUCUCUCCGAGGGAGUAAUGGUCCAAGAAGAUUCUGUGUGGAAAAAUGGGGAAAAAUCACCGCUCUUCCCAGAGCCCACACUUGUUUUAACCGCCUGGAUCUUCCUCCGUACCCUUCCUUUUCCAUGCUUUAUGAAAAACUCUUGACAGCAGUUGAAGAGACCAGUACCUUUGGACUUGAGUAACCUGGAAGCAUGAUACUCAGCUCUUCAUGGCCAGGCGGUUCCAGAAGCUGGCCUCCCGAAAAGUGGACACAGCAUUGGUAGCCUCAAGCCUUGGCUUCCAUUAUAACAAACUGAGUGCUGCUCUCUGGGAACACAUGCUCCUGUGUUUGGGGACUGGCUGUGAGUUCUUUUGGAAGGAUUGGGGUGAGCUUGGUGCCCAUGGAACAACCCAACAGUCUUUCAGUCAACAGUUCUUGACUGCCAAACCUUUCCCAUUUGGUCCCAUGUUCCAAGAUAAAAGAAGAACCUGCACAUGAUAAACUCCAUGGUGACUUUUAGGGACUCAGGAGAAACUCUCCCAUACAUAACAUUUCAAGCCAAACUGGCAGCACUGACCCAAUCUCUAAAUUAGCGCAAGUGAAAUGAAAUCAUUAAAAAUAUAUAUAUUUCCUGAAA